AUCAAAGCCUCAGAUCAACCAUCGGAUUCGUCAUCCGUCCUUAGUCAGCCAAGGCAACUUGAAAAAGGCCCAGCGUUUUCGUCCUUCCCCCCACAGUUCACUCCAUCUUGCCCAAACUUUUACACACAUACAAUGGCCAACACACCCCACGGCGGUAGCCUGAAAGACCUUAUUGCGCGGGACCUUCCUCGCCAGGCGGAGCUCCUUGCGGAAGCCGAAAAGCUCUAUUCGAUUGUAUUGAACGAGCGCCAAUUGUGCGACUUGGAGCUGCUGUUGAAUGGAGGAUUUUCGCCUCUGGAAGGGUUCAUGAACAAGGCGGACUAUGAGAGCGUUUUGGACAAUGUCAGAUUGGCCAAUGGCUUGGUAUGGUCGAUGCCCAUCACUUUGGAUCUUAGCGAAAAGCAGAUAUCUGAUGGCAAGCUCCAAGCUGGAUCACGAGUCGCCCUUCGUAACCCUCAGAACGACGGCAUUCUCGCCAUCUUGACUGUGCAAGAUGUUUACACUCCCGACAAGAAGCGCGAAGCUAUUGCCAUCUUUGGUGCCGACGACGUGGCCCACCCUGCUGUCCACUACCUGCACAACGUCGCAAAGGAUCACUACGUUGGUGGAUCUCUUGAGGCCAUUUCCCUUCCUGCACACUAUGACUACGUUGAAACCCGCUACACUCCCGCGGAGCUUCGUGCCUACUUUAAAAAGUUGAACUGGACGCGUGUGGUUGCCUUUCAAACACGAAACCCCAUGCACCGAGCUCACCGUGAGCUCACUGUGCGUGCCGCGCGCUCGAGACAAUGCAAUGUUCUCAUUCACCCAGUCGUUGGCAUGACAAAGCCUGGUGAUAUUGACCACUUUACUCGUGUGCGUGUUUACAAGGCGAUUCUUCGAAAGUACCCUCAAGGAAUGGCUGCUCUGUCGCUCCUUCCUCUGGCGAUGCGAAUGGGUGGCCCACGCGAAGCUCUUUGGCACGCCAUUAUCCGCAAAAACUUUGGGUGCACUCACUUUAUUGUGGGACGUGACCAUGCUGGUCCAGGCAAAAACUCCCAAGGCAAGGAUUUCUAUGGCCCGUACGAUGCCCAGGACCUGGUCGCAAAGUACAAGGACGAGCUCGACAUUGAAGUAGUGCCAUUCCAAAUGGUUGCUUACGUUCCCGAGACUGACGAGUAUAUUCCGGCCGAUGAGGUGCCUGAGGGUGUCAAGACCUUGAACAUUUCUGGAACAGAACUUCGACGGAGAUUGAGGACUGGUGCCCCGAUCCCGGAUUGGUUCACAUAUCCCGAAGUACAGAUAAUCUUGCGAGAGAGCCAUCCGCCACGAUCCAAGCAAGGUUUCACUGUAUUCUUUACCGGUUACUGGAACAGUGGUGCAGCUGAAGUAGCUCAAGCGUUGCAAAUGUCGUUGAACCAAGGUGGACAGCGGCCAACGACUUUGCUCUUGGGCGAAACGAUUCGUUCAGAGCUCUCCUCUGAGCUGGGCUUUUCCAAGCGGGACCGUGACCUCAACAUUAGCCGUAUCGCCUUUGUCGCGGGCGAGAUCACAAAGAGCGGGGGUGCUGUGAUUGCUGCUCCUAUUGCCCCUUACGAGGCUGCUCGUAAUGAAGCUCGAAAGGUUGUGGAGAAGGCGGGUGCCUUUUUCCUUGUGCAUGUGGCAACGCCAUUGGAUGAUUGCAUCAAGCGGGACCGGUCUGGCACAUACGAGCGAGCAAAACAGGGUCUCAUCAAGGGCUUUACUGGAAUUGAUGAUCCCUAUGAAGCACCUGAAAAGCCUGAUAUCCGAGUGGAUGCUUCCAAGAUGCCCGUUUCUCAAAUUGUACAUGAAAUUAUUUUAUUGCUAGAAAAGGAAGGAUACAUUGGAGAGCGUUGAUUGUUUUUCUAGUUGGAUGAUGAUUAGAUGCAAUGUGUUUUUACAAUUAUUGUUUAUAGUCCUUUGUUUGCCAAAAUAACAUUUCUUCAAGAAGAACGACGACGAUGAAAGUCAUUUAAAGAAGCGGG